AUGAGUCAUGCGUCAUCCUCCUUCCCUCCCCGUGCAGCGGACUCCCCCGCGGAACUGAAUGGUAGCAGCAGUGGCGGCAGUGGCAUCGGCGACACCCGCGGCGACAGUAGCACCAUGAGGAUGCAGAACAACCCCAGCAGCCCAGCUGCUGUACGUACAGAUGUGCCAAGAGAUGUCUUCGAAGAAAUGACGCCGCAUGGCUCAGACUCCGAGGGCUGGGUACAGCCUAGUAGCAGUGUCAGUUGCCUGACCAACCAGGGGGGCUUGCCAGAGUCUCUGUAUCCGCCGCUACCGCUGGCAAGUGGGGAGUUCGCAAGCCUCGCCUCCUCGAGCAACAGCGGCAGCAAGGUCAUGAUGACGUGGCAACAGGGGGAGACGGAUUCUGCUCCGGCAGCACCAGCACCCGCGAAAGGGGAGGCAUUCAAGGAAGUCGACUGUUCGUGGGCAGUGGUGGAUGCUUUGAAGAGGGAGGUGUUCGCUAUAUCAGCACUGCUGCGUGCCCUCCGGAUGCAUACAGCAGUGCAUACGCGUGGCUUGUCGGCGGUUUUUCAGCAGCAGCUUGCUGCUGCUGUUGCACCGCUGAUCAAGUCCUUCGAGCUGCUCAGCGAAAGGCUUGCUGCGGCGGAAGCAGCGAAAGAGGCCCCCCCCGCAGAACUGCAGGAGCAGCACAUACACCCCUUCCUAUUUGUGCUCGCGCAGCAGCAGCUGCAUCACAAGCAGCAACAGGGCCUUAGCAAGCAGCAGCAACUGCUGCAGCAAAGCUGCAUGAGGGCGUUGGCAUCUGCAGUAAUGCGAUCGCUUGAGCAGCUGCUGACGCUAGGCCUUCUUCGCUGCCGCAGCACUGCAGGCAGACGCUGUUUGCACACCCUAAUUCUAUCCCUAGCAAACUGCGCCUUGCAGGCUGCACAGCGAUUCCAGUCUGCGUCUACACAGCCAAGUGCAGCAGCUGCAGCAGCAGCAGCUGCUGCUGCUGCAGCUGCCCUUGGAUCCGAGGUGUACGGCGGUUCCUUCUUGGUCCCCACGUCACCCGCCGCUGAAGAGGAGUUGCUUCUCCUGCAGUGCCUUGACCUCCUCAGCAACUCCCUCUUGAACCCUGCAGGCUACAUCUUCACUGACACGUGUGUCGCUCGCACUCUCCAGUGCUGCCUCGCCAUCAGCCUGUUGCAUCGAGCAAGUCCCCUUCUUCGGAACGCAGCUGCCUCUCGCGCUGUCUCUAUCAUCCGCCACCUCUUCGCCGCAGAGAGCCUUGUGCGCCUCGCAUACCGGGACCAGCAGCAGCAGCAGGAGGAGGAGGAGGAAGGGGGAAAGUCACAGCAGCAAGCCGCAUCUCCUCCUCAAUUCAUUGCGCGGCUUGAGUCCGCUAUAUCGCUGAGAUCUGCAGACGGCGCCUAUGUCCCAUUGCGGCACUCCUCAGUGCGAGGGUAUGGCCUGGAUUGCCGCGUCCGUCUGUUGAAUCUUCUGGAGGGGCUUUUGUCGGCAGACGAGCGUGGCAGUAACUGCAGCACUGGUUCGUCUGGGGGUGCGCUGCUGGGUGGUGGCAGCAAGGAAGAGGCUCUUCCACCCUUUGUUUCGUUCCCUGAAGCUGUGUCUCCGCAUCAUGCGGAUGCGGAGGAGGCACCCCCCUCCGAGCAGAGCACAGAAGCGACUGCAAAUCAGAAUCGGCUGGAGGACGGACUGCAGACUGCGUCUGCGGCAGCAGGGAGCCCUGUCGGUGCUGCUCAGCUCCCACGCCUCUCAGUGACUCCGGAGGGAGGACGCGUGGGGUCGCCUAGCGGCAUGGACCGGGACGUCGAAUCCGUCCUUAGGCCGCACAUCAAAGACAAAGCCUUGAGCUUGGAAGCUAGGCUGCUGUGCCUUCGCCUGCUGGCAGUAGCGCUUGAGGCGGGUAAGGAGAGCUUUGCCCUCUUUCCAGCACUGCUUCACUCCUUGCAGAAGCAGCUCUUGCCGCUAGUGCUACAACUAGACACGCGUUCAGCUCCUCUCCUCCUGCUUUCGCUGACUCUGAGAGUUCUAGGCGACUUCAUUGCCUUUCUUCGGCCAUAUAUUAAGGAUGAGAUGGAAAGAUGCCUUUAUCAGCUACUGCGGCUCUCCACGUGCGGCCUUGGGUGCGGUGGUUCCUCGAGGACUGCCUUGGCAACUGAGGCUCAGGAUAUCGCGCUGGAUAUGCUGCGGGAGUUGUGCAGCGAUGCCUCGUUUGGCUUUGAGCUGCUUUUGAAUUAUGACGGAGACAUUCGCCGCUCCAACGUGUUGGGUGUCUUGCUGGCACUGCUGAUGCAGUUGGGGGCCCCCCGGAUUCCGCCUCUUCGAGGCGUCUACCGCUUCGCGGACUGUGACUGCGAGAGCGCAGCAGCAGUUGUUAGUGGUCAGGGGGCGGGAGGGAGUGUACCGGCAAUCCCGCUCUCCCUCCUUUCCCCUGCUGGAACGGCGUGCACGACGACAGGGACGGACGCUGCCCUCGCGAAGGGCGCUCCGCAAAUUCUGUCUCCCGCGGGAACGACGGCUGCUGCUGCCCUCGCUGCCUCCGCAGCAGCGGCAGACGCACACAGCAAGCCGCAUCACCACGGCGCUUUCCAUCUGCGGAAGGCGCCUUCAAAGUCUCCUCUUAGAGCGUCUCGAUCCGCCGCAGAUAGCAGCAGCAUCCACGCAGCAGCAACGGAGAGCCUCGCGGUAGACGCUGCUGGGAUCACUAGACCAGCAGGCCUCUCCAACGUCAACCGUCUGGCGCUCGCUGCCCUUCUGCGUCUCAUUGCGGCUCUAGUCGCUCGGUGCGACUCUCUGAAGCGCGAUACCAGCAGUCGAGAGCAGCAGCAGCAGCAGCAGCAGCCUCAAGAGGCUAAGGAUGACAGAGCGCAUUUGGACAGCGAAUCGGCGGCUGCCUACUUCCUGCGCAUCCAAGACACCCUAUCCAUCGCUGAGAGACGCAAAAACAAAGCUCUCCUGGCGCACGGUGCAGCCCUCUUCAAUGCGAACGUCAAGGAAGCACUGUUGCAGCUUGAGUCUCUCGGUCUGCUGCCGAAGCCGGCAACGCCGAGGAGCGUUGCUCUCUUUUUGAAGGAGACACGCGGACUCGACCUGCGCACUGUGGGCUUGUAUCUCAGCACGAAUAAGCCGUGGAAUACGCAGGUGUUGCAGGAAUUCGUUGGCCUCUUCUCUUUUGGCGGAGUCGGCCUUGUUGCAGCGCUGAGGGAAUUUCUGAGGACCUUCCGCCUCCCGGGGGAGUCGCAGCAGAUCGAGCGCGUGAUGGAAGCCUUCGCCGAUGAGUUUUUCCGCCAGCAGCCCCUCGUCACGUGUCCAGAAAAUCAGGCGAAGAUUGCCAAGGCCAAGGAUGCGAAAGCCGCGGAGUUGCCGUCUGCUGGAGAGACGCAGUCGCAAAAGAGCAACUCGACGCCUGCAGCAGAGCCACUUGAACUGGGCAUGUGGCGGUGGGUUGCAGAUGAAGGCUUCUACUGCACAUCUCGUGCAACUGCAGAGAAAGAGGGUGCCCUGACCAAGCCGAGGAGCUGCGACGCACUCACCAAACAACUCGCGGAAUUCUCACCGAGCCAUGCGCCUCCUGGAUAUGUGUUGAUGCUGCACAAGGACACAGUGUUCGUGUUGUCGUAUUCGAUUAUUAUGCUGAACACUGACCAGCACAAUUCUCAAGUGCGCAGCAAGAUGCGAGUAGAGGAUUUUGUGAAGAAUAAUCGGGGCAUCAAUAACGGCGCGGAUCUUCCCCACUUCUUUUUGCAGAACGUGUACAUAUCCAUCAAGCACCAGGAGAUAAAGCUCAAAGAGGCGGCGUGUUCUGCGCUGCCGCCCUCUCAAUCGGCCUCAGGCCAAAGGAAUGAAGCACUGACGAAAGAUCAGCAGCAGCAGCAGCUGCAGACGACACCCGACCUCUUUGAUGUAUUGGCUAAUGGCUGGACUCCUGUAGAAGGCGCAGGUUUGGGGUGGGCAGCCUUUGCUUCUCCGUACGGCGGAAGCACAGGUCCAAGCGGUCUUUCCGAUGCAGGCAGCAAGUACCACGUCGUCGAGCAGCCGCGUGGUGUCGUUCUCCGUUCUGGAGACGUCGACGCGCGCAGACAAGGCUGCAGGCAUGGCGCCCUUCGCGCUGACGUUCCUGCUGCGGCAGGUUUUGAGGGCGAGAUGUUUCACACGCUGUGGAGUGGCGGCUGCUGUUUGGCCGUUCUGCGAGGCGCCUUCGAAGCCUCUUUGGACUUGCGGCAGCUCGAAGAAAUCCUUUGUGGGGUUUUGUCGUUGGCGCGUGCCGCCGCAGUGCUCGGUCAAGUUGGAGCUUUCAAUAUGAUCGUGGUAGAAUUGUGUAGCUACUUCGUGUACGCCGUUCCUGCACAUUCCCAGCUCGUUCUGGCCCCCGUCUUCUACCUCGUUCGCCGCUGCGGCGCUCUCCUGCGGGAGGAGGGGUGGGGAGCUGUGCUGGAGCUUCUGCUGCGGCUGCAUGCGCUCGACUUGCUGCCUCCUGCCCUCAUGAAUCUCGAAGACUUCGAGGGUGUAGGCGGUGCGGCGCUUCCCUCCCUCUGCACUUCCAUGGUGCCCCCCCCCUUCGUGCCUCCCGCGUCUAGAAGGGAUCGAGGAGGAUCCGGCAGAAAGGGAGGGGGCUGGCUGGGUGACUUGACGUCCAUACUGUUCGCUUUGGGCGAAUCGGAUGAGGAAAGCGAAGGCGAUGAAGCGGGGGGAGGUGCAACACACGGCCCCCUCAUGGCCUUAUCCGAGGAACUCAAUUUUGUCUGUGACGGGCUGUACGUGCUGAGAGCCUCGACGGAUUUCGCGCUGCUUCCAUCAACGCUGAUGGCGUCUCAUCGCGCUGAGACAGACGCUGAGGAGAACACUUCCGCCUUGCGUCAUUCGCAGCCUCCUUCUCCACUGCAGCGCGAGUCGGCUGCUCGCAACAGUGCUUCGGGGGCCAUGCAGCCUCCGCGAAAAAGCCGCCACGCGCCGCAGCAGCAGCAGCAGCAGCAGCAGCAGCAGCAGCAGCAGGACGCUGCCGCCGUUGCGGCAUGCGGACUUCCGUCCUCCGUUGCUUUCGAGGAUGAGGAGGUUGCAGCCGCCAAGGGCCCCUACUUGCGCUUGAAGACGGUGUUGGCUCAGGGUGUUCGCGUUGAUUUGGCAGUCGCCGAGGUUCUUCGGCAGACCGAACCCGCAUCCUCGCUGUCAAUAGCCGUCAUCCUCCUCGUGCAUAUCGUCUUCAGCUUCCCUCUCAUCCGGCAGAAUCCAGGGGGUGGAGGAGCUUCCUCCACAGGGCCUGCCGUGGAGGGUGUGCCUCCUCCGCUGCAGCUGCCUGAGGAUGCUCGUCAUCAGGUUCCCUGGGGAGGCGAGCUGUCAAUGCUGUCCAGCUACUUAGACGACGCCUCACGACGUGCGAUCGAGGAAGACAGCAGCAGCGGAAGUAGUAACAGCGGCAACAGCGGAUCUGUUGCAUCGACUCCAGAAGGGGCAACAAGUGCUUCUUCGGCAAGCGCAGCCAGUGGAGGCCCCUACUACCACUCCCUUCCCCCACCCGUGUGGUCGCCUUUGCGGGGGGGCACCUCUCCUCAGCUGCUUUCCUACAGAGCCUACACGGAUCGUCUCUUUUGUCUCGAGCUGCUGGGAGCCUUGAUGCUCAGCGAGCUAACCCCGGGAAGCCUUUCCCUCCGCGCUGCAAAGUCGUACGGAGUCGCCCUCAUACGAAACUCCCCGUGGCUACUUUGCGCGGUCUACCUCGACACCUUCCUGCGACGCUACGCCAUUGGCUCUGCCGCUGCAGGCGUCCCCAACCCUCUGGAGGUUGUCGGCGUCGCGAGCAUGGAUGCAGCGGGGCUGCAUGCGCAGCAGCCGCAGCAGCCGCAGCAGUCCGAUACAGCCAGCGCCUGCAGCAACAGACCGCCCUGGGUGCGGGCCAUGCUGGAUGCUUGUAGCAAAGAUCCUCUCGCCCAGAUCACCAUGCACAACGUCUGCAACGUCUUCCAAGCGAUUGGCUCCCGCCGACUCGUUGACACCCCUACAGCCCUUCCUCACUGGGAACUGGUGUUCAUUGAGCGGCUGGUUGUCACCGUCCUGAGGAUCUGUCUGCGUCUGCUCUCCGAUGCGGACUCGCUGCUGCUGCCUCUCUACAGUGCAGCCACCCCUGCACUCCAACAGGAGGCUUCCAAGGCGUCAACAGGCCGCGCUGAGGCAUGCCAAGUAGCCAUUCAUUUGCUGCAGCUCCUCACGCUCCUCCACCCCAACGUCUUCUGCAUGCAUGUCCAGCGAAUUUCGCAGUCUGCUAUCAUCCUUGUCUCUAGGCUCAACUUGAAGGCCUGCAGCAGCCCGCUGCUGAUUCAAGUCCUCCUCGCGCUGUAUCAGCGCUUGGUUCCUCUCCCUGCCUUUCUUCCGACGCUGCCUGUGCCGCAACAGCACGUCGCCACGAGAGUUCUCGCGUCUCUCGCCUCGUGGAUCCGAGACGCUGAGGCGCUGGCCUUGCUCGUUCUGCAGCACCGCAACCACUAUCCAAUGCUGCUGCAGACGCUGAUGGCGUUCUGCAUCUACGUCCCACCUUCGCCGCAGCUGAGCGGAGCUGCGGCUGCUGAGCCAACGGCAGAAGGCGAGAUGCUGAGCAGGCAGGGGGGUUCCAGCACGACUCCGGCUGCCCCGUAUGAAGCGAACUGCGCAGCGCUGGCCAUGCUGGGAGCCUUGAUUUCUUCCAUUGGAGAGGCGCUGAAGGCGAAGGGGUCAGCCGUGGCGGCUCAUCUUGCUGCUGCCGCAAGCGGCAACAGUGCCGCUGCUGGAAAGGGCGAAGCUGCUGGCCCUUGGAAGGCUCGCAUCGACUGCCAAGCGAUGUGGCUUCAGGCAAUGCAGGUGUUAGCCAUUGUCUGUUCCUUUUCCGUGCGACCUGUCAAAGUCAAAGCUUUAGCGGAGCUGCAGCAGGCGCUGAUUCGCUGCAGCAGAAAGGAACCAAGCCCUAAAGACGUCAGCCUAGACUCUGCGGCAGACCCUUCUGCGCUGUGUCUUGGAAACGGCACCGAAUCGCCUCAAAAGGACGGAGCCUUCGUUUCGGCUUCCCCGACGUCUGCUAGUGCUGCUGCAGCUGCAGCUGCUGCUGCUGCAGACUUCUGGGCCUCUGCAGCAGAGGAUCCUUACACGUGGAGGCUCUCUCUCCAGCUCGUUGUCUUCCCUCUCCUCAGUCUCCGAUUUGAUUACCCCUACUCACCGCCAGCACCGGGAAAAGCCCCCCCCCCACCUCCUCCUCCUCCGCAGCAGCAGCAGCCUCUGCAGAGCGGUCCUCAUCCAGGAGACACGGUGUAUGCGCUCCCUGCCGGUCAGGAGGGGCAGCAGCACUCGCGGGAGCCACAGUGCAGCAUGCCAUGGAUGGCGCUGCCCAUGAGGAGACGCUUGACCCCUGAAGUGGCUAUGGGUACCUUUGGCAUAGACGAGGUCUACCAAAGGAAAGCGGCUGCGGCGAGUUUGGCGUGUCGUCUCUUCCUUACAAAAAUGGAGUUGUUGCUAAGGCCUUUCAAAGUUGGAGGGUUCUACGUGGACAUCACCACCGAUACGGCUAUCCUGGCGGACUCUCCCGAGCAACGCGGAGUCUCAAGGGAUCAUCCAGGGGGUAUUGAAGGUCUCUUGCCCCCUCUUACCCAGCUCGUGCAGCUUCUUGUUACCGAAGCACAGCACGCCCCUGUCGUCUACCGUGAUGCAUUCUUGGAGAGCAUGAAAAACACCUUGCUGGUGGUGUUGACUUGCCCAUCAGUCGCAGCAAGCUCUAUUCCCUCGAUUCUCAAGACGCACAUCGCUCCUGAGUCUAUUCUUGCCCUAAUAGGACUUCCAAAUCAGCACCAGCAGCAGAGUCCAGUCAAAGAGGAAGCACAAGCGCCGCAAGGUUUGGACGAGGAGGAUCAAGUUGCAGCAAGAAGAGCAGCAUGUCUGGGAGCUCUGUCAUGUUUAUCGGACAGUCAACGAGUAAUCGUGUCGGCGGUAUCUCCUUUCGUUGGUUCUGCCUUCCCCGGGGUAGUGCAGGAACUGCUCUUGAUACUUCCCACCCCGCAGCCUCCACCUCCACCCCCACGGAAUAAAUCACCCUCUGGCGAUGAGUCAACGGAAGACCAUUGUGCAGAAGAAGUUACUACUAAUCACGUAGAUACUGUCUUUGAAGAAGCUUCAGCCAGUGACAGCAAAAACUGUAUGCAAAAUGCGGACAGGAGCCCCUCAAACCCGGGUGACCACACCGCAGUGCCCCUUACAACGGGCGUCGCGAAUACCGCUGCGUAG